AGGACUAUGGCUUCUGGAACUCGCCCAGUUGGUUGCUACCCUAGCAACCCUGCAGGGGUCACUCGAGAGUACAAAUUAGUGAUGCUGGGUGCUGGAGGUGUGGGGAAGAGCGCCAUGACCAUGCAGUUCGUCAGCCGCCAAUUCCCAGAAGAUCAUGACCCCACCAUUGAAGACGGCUAUAAAAUACGGGUUCGUGUUGAUGACGAACCUGUCAAUCUGGACAUUGUGGAUACAACCGGACAGGCAGAGUUUGCAGCCCUGCGGAAUCGCUACCUGAGUGCAGGAGAAGGAUUUAUCAUCUGUUAUUCUGUCACAGAUCGCCAAAGUUUCGAUGCAGUUCGGGAGUUUAAAGAGCUUAUUGAUCAAGUCGGACAUACUAACGAUACACCUGUGGUUCUUGUCGGAAACAAGUCUGACCUAAAACAGCUAAGACAGGUCACCAAGGAAGAAGGAUUGGCUCUGGCCCAGGAAUUCAGCUGUCCAUUCUUUGAGACCUCUGCUGCAUACCGCUGCUACGUUAAUAAUGUCUUCCAUACACUUGUACAGGAGAUCCGAAGGAAAGAAAAGGAGGCAGUGCUGGACGUAAAGAAAAAAUCCAAACCCAAAAGCAAUAUAUGGAAGAAGAUAAAAUCCCUGUUCCAGAAGAACAAAGAUUCGGUAGCUUGA